CUUAUUCAUUCCAUUUCAAGCAGGUAUUGGACUUACCAAGCGUACCCUGAGACCCAAAUAAAUGUAACAACUUUCCCACCCGCCAAGAUUUCCUCGUAAUCUCCGCAAUCACCAUUUCGCUUCUUUCUUUUCUGACUACUUUUACUCCUCCCUCCACAGACACGCACACACCCACGCAGCAUCGCUCAUCACCAUUUCCUUUCCAAUACCCUAGUCAUGAAAACAACCACCACCGCAACUAUCACCGCCACGAUUCCCACCCCUUAUAAGCGUAAACAGAUCAACGUCGACGGCGGCUUCAACAUGGAGCAGGAGGAAAAGAAAACUGUUGGCAUUAUGACCGAUGGAGUUAGUAACGGUUUCUAUGCUGUUGACCCGUUCUUUUUGAAAUGGACGGUGCAUGAUAUGGUCACUGUGGCUAAGCAUCAUUGGCUUCCUUGCUUUUUUGGAUUUGGGUUGUUGUUUUUCAUGGCCGUGGAGUACACGCUCCCCAUGGUGCCAGCAUCAUCGCCUCCGUUUGACUUGGGAUUUGUUGCCACGCGCCGCCUUCACGGAUUGCUGUCCUCGUGGCCGGAGCUCAAUACUUUACUCGCUGCUCUUAAUACGGUAUUUGUGGGUAUGCAAACAACAUAUAUCCUAUGGACGUGGCUAGUUGAAGGCAGACCUAGAGCAACAAUCUCUGCGUUAUUUAUGUUCACUUGCCGUGGGAUUCUGGGUUACUCCACUCAGCUUCCAUUGCCAGAGGAAUUUCUGGGGUCAGGAGCGGACUUUCCGGUGGGUAAUGUAUCGUUUUUUUUGUUUUUCUCAGGUCAUGUUGCAGGGUCUGUGAUUGCAUCAUUGGAUAUGAGAAGAAUGCAGAGGUGGGAAUUGGCUUGGACAUUUGAUGUGCUUAAUGUUCUGCAAGUUAUUAGGCUUCUUGGUACUAGGGGUCACUAUACCAUAGAUUUAGUUGUUGGUGUUGGUGCUGGUAUUCUCUUUGAUUCACUCGCUGGAAAAUAUCAAGAGUGCAUACGAAGGAAAUCAAUUGCUGCUAAAGAGGCGUUCUUUAGUUAGAGGAUGGCACAAGAUUCCGAAAGGUAAUACGAGUGACUGGUAGGUGGUAUUUUGCAGAAAGGUAAAAGGGUCUGUGAAGUUCCAUGAUCUGGGAAAAAAAACAAAAAAAGGUGUAGGGAGAUACAGAAAAUUGUCAGGUCUCACAACAGAGGACCUAGAUGAGGGGUUAAUGCCACUGGAUUUGUUUAAUGUAUUUCCUUCUCCAUGACCUUACACGAUUUUAAUGAAGUUGGCAGUAUUUUGUUCA